AAUUUCUCCGGAGUUAUUCUGAAAAAGCGAUUACUUCCUCUCCACCACUAGAAGCAUGAUCGCCGGUAUACACUGAUUGGUUGAUUGGUCAAUAGUCUGUUUUGCUGGACGCACUUUUAAAGUACAUAACAUGCCUGUUCACAAAGUUAAUGUUAAGUGGGGAAAAGAAAAGCUGUCUGAUGUGGAGCUAAACACAGAUGAGCCCCCUCUUGUCUUCAAGGCACAGCUGUUUGCUCUCUGUGGUGUACAGCCGGAGCGACAGAAGCUUAUGUUUAAGGGCUCUGUCAUCAAGGAUGAUGAUUGGGGCAUGAUCAAGGUGAAAGACGGUGUGAUGUUGCUGCUGAUGGGAACAGCUGAUGCUCUCCCAUCAGCACCCCAAGAUCGUCCAAUGUUCAUGGAAGACAUGAGUGAGCAACAGCUGGCUUCUGCACUUGACAUGCCUGCUGGCCUGACCAAUCUUGGCAAUACCUGCUAUAUGAAUGCAACAGUCCAAUGCUUGCGUGCCGUUCCUGAGCUGAGAGAAGCAUUGAAAAAAUACUCAGGAGGAUUUACUGUUGGUGGUACCAUUGCUCCUGCAGAUUCCAUCACAGCUGCUUUACGAGACUUGUACACAGCCAUGAACGAUACUUCUGCUGCCAUCCCUCCCAUAAUAUUCCUUCAAGUCCUUCACAUGGCCUUUCCCCGUUUUGCUGAGAAAGGAGAGGGUGGCGGAUAUGUGCAGCAGGAUGCCAACGAGUGCUGGGUGGAAAUUGUGCGUAGCCUGCAGCAAAAGCUGACAGCGGUAGGUGCAGGCACUGAGGAAGUACAGGGUUCUACAACGUCAAGUUUCAUAGACCAGUACUUUGGGGGAGAAUUUGAAUCCGAAAUGAAGUGCACAGAAGCUCCAGAAGAAGAAGCAACCAAGUCCAGGGAAAAAUUUCUUCAGCUCAGCUGCUUUAUUGAUCAAGAUGUAAAGUACAUGCAUACAGGAUUAAAAAAUAGGUUGGAAGAAUCUAUCACAAAAAACUCACCGACACUUGGACGAGAUGCUGUGUACUCAAAAUCUAGCAAACUCCGGCGAAUACCAGGCUACCUCACGAUUCAGUUCGUUCGUUUUUGCUACAAGGAAGCUAAAGCAGUAAAUGCAAAACUUCUCAGGGAUGUGAAGUUUCCCAUGGCCCUGGAUGUGUUUGACUUGUGUUCACCUGAGCUGCAACAGAAAUUGAUUCCCAUGCGUGAUCGCUUUAAGGAGGAAGAUGACAAGCGAAUAGAAGAGGCACAAAUGCAGGCAGGCAAGACAGACAAGCAGGAUAUAAAAAAGCAGCUUAAAGCACUGCCGUAUUAUUUUCCAGAUGAUCCAGGCUCCAACAACAGUGGUUUCUAUGAACUCUCAGCUGUGUUGACACACAAGGGUCGCUCAAGUUCCAGUGGUCACUAUGUAGCCUGGGUUCGCAAGAAGGGAGAUAACUGGCUGAUGUUUGAUGAUGACAAGGUGAUGCCAGUCAGUGGUGAAGACGUCUUGAAGUUGUCUGGUGGAGGUGACUGGCAUGUAGCAUAUGUGCUUCUCUAUGCACCAAGAGUUCUUGAGGUCGAUCCAGAAAGUUAGGGACAAGCCCGGAGUCAGCUCCUAAACUUCUUGCAGAAGCUAAGCUGUGGUGGGGAAGAUCUACACUGGUUAUUUGUCUGCAUUGAUGCAUUAUUACUGUCCUGUAUAUCGGCUAUGCUGUUAUAAAGGUCUGCUGCCAUAAUUUUGAGAAAAUACCCUCCUGGCAAGUUUGAAUUUGUUUUUAUGUUCAGGAGGGCAAGGGGAUGUGUGAAUUUCAUGCAGUUAGCACUGUUGGUCCCCUAGCCUGCUUUUAUUUGAACAUGUUAUAGACCUUAUCUAUUACAAGCUCACGGAAUAUCACAAGUCACAGUCAAGACAUUAUGCCAUGGCAGCCUUGGCAUUGAUCAAUUAUAUUGGCUGCUUUUUCCAUCAUGGAAUUGGUCUCCGAGGAAGGAGUAAAUAUUUGUGAGUCAGAGCUUUGGACUGGGUGUCAAGCGGGAACCUUUGAAUUUGCUUGACUUCCACUUCCUAGCUAUUCAGGCUACCAGUCAAAAGCUACUGCCCCAAAUCAUGUGAAGAGGUUGAAUAAUUUUUGACAGUCUGUGCUCCUUAGCACAUGUGCAGGCCAUUUAUGACAUACUGCAGUAUGAUUUGAUUCAUAAAGCAGACCAGACACGGCUUUACUGCUCAAGUCUUGUGUAGACUGCAACGCCAGCUGCACUGCAUUUACUUAAAACAUGGGUUUUAAAAAAAUCAUUCUUUAAUCUUAAAUCCUAUUCCACCUCACAUUCUUUUUUUUAAAACUCUGGGCCUUGUGUGAAGAUAUAGUUGACAUACAGCAACCUUUGGUCUUAUCAAAUCACAGUUAUGCAUUUUAUCGCAAGAUACCAUGUUUGAUACAAAAAUGUUUAAUCUGAAUAUUAAAACCAACUUUAAAAAUAUUUUAGUUCAAAUACAUUCAGAAGAUUAUGCUUUAAAUUUUGGAUAUUCUGGGAGAUGUGGAGAGUGGAGAAAUCAAUAUAUAAUUUAAAAGAAAUCAUGUUGUCAUGGGUCACCAGAAUUCCAGUUUGCACAUGAAUUGAUCAGAGCCUACAGGUUCUAGUGUCUAGUUCAGUUCAGCAUGUACCUAAAAACAAUCUUUGCUGAGAGAUGCCUUUUCGAAAGAUCUCCAUAAUAUUAAAUACUUUUUUAUUACCCUAGUCUUGUGCUGACAAAAUGGUUCCAGUGGAAAAAUAUCUCUUUGGCAUCCUGAGUGUCCAGCCACUAUACAGAAAGUUAGUAAUGCAUUAAGCAUUUCAAAUUGUCUUAUCUCUUGUAGCACUUUUGCAGCUUUUCAUACAAAACUAGAAUUAGUUGUGAUCAACAUCAUAAAUUUGUAACAGUUUUUGCAAUCAUUACAAGUGUGCAUUUUCUACUCCUUCCACCCUCUCUUUCUCCAUCCCAACAGCAGUUGAAUCACCUAGUCUACCUGCACAAAGUCCAGUCAGAUUUGUUUUUUUCUUUGAUUUUAUAUAAGGCAGGGCAUUGGGGGGGGUUUGGGGCUACAGCCAAUUUCAUGUGUACAUGACACCACGUUUUAAUGACUGAGCAAUGCAAAUGUUUGCUUGCAGCUAAUUGCUGAAAUUAAAAGAUUUUGAUAGUUA